UAUUGUUUUCAAUUGCAAUGCGGUGUAGAGAGCAGGGGAUCCGGGCCCCGCGCUAGAUCCACAUAUUACGUAGCAAAUAACCAUGCUUUUUUUAGGUGGUAAAAUAAUAUUGGAUGUACUCAUAAAAUCCCCAAGAAUUUCCACUAGUUGAUCAAAAUAUAUGCGUCAAUACCUGUAUUUAAGUAGCACAAACAAGCUAGAAAUACUCCACACACACACACAAAAGAAGGAAAAAAGGUCAAAAUCAAAGAAAAUAGUUCUACUUCGAUGCAAGUCAACGAAAAGUAAGCAACAAAAUGGAGUAUUCAAAAUUGUUCUUGGAGGAAACAAGUUUGUAUAAUCAGAUUGUGCUACCAAAGCAGUUAUUUUCCUUGUUGCCUCACUUUUUAUGCUCUUGGCUUCGAACAACUCUUUGUGCUUUUGUGCUCUAUCCAUUAGUUGCCUUCCUCUGCCUCAACUUUUGGAAACGCUAUGCUUCUGAUGCCUCUAAGGAAACCAUGCCUUCAAGAAGAGUUAUGAUAUCACAAGCAAAAGGAGCUCUGGCAUCGAUUCCAAUAAGCACAUUGUUUUCAACAGUGUUUGAAUGGAUGGCUGAAAAUGGUUGGACUAAAUGUUACCCCCAUAUUAGUGUAAUGAGUUGGUCAUCUUAUGUGUUUUAUACACUAAUCUAUCUUAUUCUGGUGGAAUUUGGGAUUUAUUGGGCUCAUAGAUUAAUGCAUGAAAUCAAGCCAAUUUACAAGUAUAUUCAUGCACCUCAUCAUCAUUAUAGUAAGGAGAUCAUGCUUUCUCCUUUUGCAGGUUGGUCGGGGCAUCCAUUUGACGGAGCGUUACAAGAAAUCCCUUAUGGUCAUCAUAAUUAUGGUAACUAUACCAUCUUAAUGGACUGGCUAUUUGGGACACUUCGCCACCCUAAGACUACGAGAAAGGCUUGGUAA